AUGGCGAAUUUUCCCGAGUCACGUUUGAAACCAGCUCCACCAUUCACCUACUGCGCCGUAGACUGGUUGGUGAAGCAGGGACGUAAAGAGGUUAAACGGUACGGAUUUCUUUUUACGUGUUUAGCAAGUCGUGCUGGGCACAUCGAAGUUUCGUUGGAUGUAAAUUUGUUUCUACUCGUAUUAAGAAGAUUCUUCGCGCGAAGAGGACGAGAGAUUAGUAGCGACCAAAGAACCAACUUUUUCGGCGCGGACAACGAACUAAAGCGUGCUUAUAAAGAAAUGGAUGAUAAGGCUGAGUUGCUGAAACACAACAUCGACUGGAAAAGAAAUUUUCGGCGGCGUCUGGGAGCGACAAUACUAAAGGAUAAUGAUCUCGCGAGAAAUCAGUGGUCAUGA